CAACCGACAUGAACCCACCUGGACCCAUCGCCGGACCGUCCGCUCUACAGGCUGAUCCUCUCGGCGACGCAGCUCCGGAACGCGACCUACCUUCCGCGCACUUCUACUCCGUCGAGUACCCUGGCUAUGUCAAGCCCACGUCUGUGUCUCUUGCCGUCGAACGCCUCGGCGGCCAGUUGAGAGUCGAGAACGCGUUCAAACGCGCGUCGUCCAAGACUGAGUCGCUCCUCGAGUUGUCUUUGCGCCCCGGAAACCCGUUCGCGCAUCCUGUCCCUGGAGAUGUUGUGUCAACGAGCAAUAUUUUGCUCAAGGUCGUCAAGCGGAAGCGGAAGCGGGGGGCGGCCACAGACGGGACUGUUGGAGAGUACACGGUAGAGGCUCUUGGGAUGAUACCGAAGACAGCACGAUUUCGUAGCAUGGUAGACUAUCAAUACAAGCCAGACAUGGAGGACCCGAUCGCCAAACUCCGUUCGGCAAUGGACACUAUGGACGUGGACGGCAUCCUUCGCUACCGUGUUCCUGAGGAGAGGGAAGAUUACAUUGUGUCCGAAGACCCGGCUGCAAUGGACAUAGACCCGAAGCUUACGGGCACCGGCGCGUCUGCGGGGCCCAAGAUGAAGAGCAACCUCAGGCUCUUUACACCACCUCUGUUCAGUCGCCAAGCAAUUCCGCAAAAUUACAACUACAAGUCAAAUUCUGCGUCCGUUGUCACGACAGUUGUUGAUGAAGAGACCGGAGAAGAGAAGAAACGCCUGAUCAAUCGGAUGCGCUGGAAGGGAUACGGACCCAUUUCAAUCUCAUUCUCUGAUACUGGAGUCCCAGACAAGCCGUCUGCACCCGUCGAAGAGCAGCGUGCUAACGCCGACCGGAAGAUAUUGAAGCGACUGCAGGAGCUCUUUCAAGAACGAGCUAUCUGGACACGCGCAGCGAUCUUCAACCAGUUUAUGCCCUUCGAGGUGCGCGAGAUAAUCAAUUCAAAGGUUCUCCUGCCGUUGGUAUCGUAUGUCUUCCAGGACGGCCCUUGGAGAGACACGCAGAUUCGGCUAGGAUACGAUCCCCGUCAGGAUAAACAAGCCCGCAUCUACCAGCGUCUCUACUUCCGCAACACUAACCAUCCCAUCGUCCGACCUUCCGUCGUCAGCAAGCGGCAGGAGGGUAGGACCGAGCUCGCGCAGAACCGGACGGAAGCCAGUAGUCAGGAUGACAAGCGGACGCAUAUAUUCGACGGUGUCACCGUCACGAAGGAGACCGCUGCCUUCCAGCUCUGCGACAUCACUGACCCCAUGCUAAAGGAGAUGAUCGAAGACGAAGAGGAUGUCCGCGACGAGUGCAACGAACGCGAUGGCUGGUACUCGACGGAGGCCUUUGAGCGGAUCAAGACUGUGCUUCGCCACAAAUUCUUCUCGCUGCUGGGCGGCCACGUAGCAACCCGUGAGGAGUGCGAAGCGCUUCUCGUUCCACAAGAAGGAACGAACAAGCUCCCGCCACGCCCAACGCAACGGCUCAGAUUCGGGAAGCACAACAUGGCGAAGGGCGCACUGCCGCCUGAAGACGCCGCGGUACGUCCUGGAGGUCGGAAUGCACAUGUAUGCUGCCUAACGCUCACGGCAAUCUUGCAGGCACAUCGGCUCAUGGCUACCCUGCAGCAAAAGACGAAAGAUGGGCGCUUCUACGAGCACACUUGA